AUGAGCCAGAUGUAUGACGGAGACUACUAUGCGGCUUCGCGGCGCCACUCACUCGCUACACCUCCACCAUCCAACUCCCCGCGUCACAACAGAACCCGCACCAACAGUGUCCGGGUAAGCAACGGCACCGCAAGCACCCACACCAGCUUCUCCAGUGGACGGAUGUCCGAGGCAACCAAUAUCACGCAGCCGCCCUCCUUUUCAAAAAAGUUCGUGGUAGUUGGCGACGGUGGAUGCGGCAAGACUUGCUUGUUGAUUAGCUACUCCCAGGGCUAUUUCCCCGAGAAAUAUGUGCCCACUGUCUUCGAGAACUACAUCACACAGACGGUCCACCGAGGAUCCGGUAAGGGCGUCGAAUUAGCACUUUGGGAUACCGCUGGACAAGAGGAGUAUGAUCGUUUGCGCCCCCUGUCCUAUCCCGAGACGGAUCUUCUCUUUGUCUGUUUUGCUAUCGACUGCCCUGCAUCUUUGGAAAACGUCGUGGAUAAGUGGUACCCCGAAGUUUUGCACUUCUGCCCCACAACCCCCAUUAUCCUCGUCGGCCUGAAGUCAGACCUGCGCAACAAGCGCACCUGCAUCGAACUCCUCAAGACCCAGGGCCUUACCCCCAUCACCCCAGAACAAGGCCACGGCGUUGCCCAACGGAUGGGUGCAACCUACGUCGAAUGCAGCAGCAAGGAGAUGCGGGGCGUGGACGAGGUCUUUGCAAGUGCGGUCGACAUGGUAUGCUCAAUCGAGGAACAGGGCUACUUCAACCAGCCAUCGCAUAACCGCACCAACAGCAAACCCUCUGCAGGCGGGGUACCAACCAGACCGGGCAAGAAGGUCAAGAAGCGGUCCUGCAAGAUCCUGUAA